UUCGGAACUAAAGUGAAAGAAAAGAAAAAUAAAAAAACAUACCCAUAAUAAUAAUAACAUAACACACAUAAAUUGGCUUAUUUAUGAAUUUUUUUGGGCACGUAACAAAAACAUAAUACUUAAGGUGUAAAUGUGAUGACUAAAAAACAAACAAACCAAUAUAAUUAACAACUAACUAACAAAGAUAUCGAAACGAAACAAAAGAGCAGAACAAAUAAUGCCAGGCCUUAUUAGCCCCAAAUUGGUAGAACCAAAAAACUGAUCGAAAUCGAAAAGAAACAAACUGAGAAUCAUUGAAUUAACCCAAGAAAGCCCACGAAUGCAGCCAACAUUGCCACAAGCCGCUGGGACAGCCGAUAUGGAUCUGACGGCUGUUCAAUCAAUCAACGAUUGGUUUUUCAAAAAGGAGCAAAUUUAUUUAUUGGCACAAUUUUGGCAACAGGUAAUAUUCCCACUUCAUUGCUCUCAUUCUGAAUUCCGCGCCACUCUGGCCGAGAAGGAAGUGAACACACUCAAAGAGCAGCUAUCCACCGGCAAUCCCGAGAGCAACCUCAGCAGCGACAACAGCGACACAGCAGCAGCGGCAGCAGUUGUUGCAGGUGCAACAGCAACCAACGACAGCGAGGAGGAGCAGCAGCAACAGCAGGCGGGUAUCGGCGGCAUAUUGGAGAGCGACAGCGACAAGCUGCUGAACAGCUCCAUUGUUGCAGCGGCCAUAACGCUGCAGCAGCAGAACGGCAGCAAUCUGCUGGCGAACACAAAUACGCCGUCGCCCUCGCCGCCGUUGCUCAGCGCCGAGCAGCAGCAGCAGUUGCAGAGCGGUUUGCAACAGAGCGGCGGUGUCGGUGGUGUCGGCGCCUGCCUCAACCCGAAGCUCUUCUUCAACCACGCCCAGCAGAUGAUGAUGAUGGAGGCGGCAGCUGCGGCAGCAGCGGCGGCAUUGCAACAACAGCAGCAACAGCAAUCGCCGUUGCAUUCGCCGGCGAACGAAGUUGCAAUAGCCACAGAACAGCCAGAAGUUGCAGUUGCAGCAGCAGCAGCAGCAGCAGCAGCUCCAGUUGCCACUAGCAACAUCAAGAGCGGCAGCAACAGCAGCAGCAUCAAUCACACCGGCAACAAUAGCAGUCAGCAGGACGAGGAGGAACUGGACGAGGAUGAGGAGGACGAGGAGGAGGACGAGGACGAGGACGAUGAGGAGGAGAAUGCCUCGAUGCAAUCGAACGCUGAUGAUAUGGAGCUGGAUGCACCGCAAGAAACCAGAACUGAGCCGAGUGCAACAACCCAACAGCAGCAGCAGCAGCAGCAGGAUACAGAUCUUGAGGAGCCCAAGGAUGCGGGGGAGGCUAGUUUAAAUGUUAGCAAUAAUCAUACAACCGAUAGCAAUAAUAGUUGUAGUCGAAAGAACAACAAUGGCGGCAAUGAGAGUGAGCAACAUGUGGCCAAUUCGGCUGAGGACGAUGAUUGCGCCAACAACAACACAAAUACCAGCAAUAACAACAACACCACCAGCAACACAGCCACCAGCAACACCAACAACAAUAACAACAACAACAACAACAGCAGCAGCGGCAACAGCGAGAAGCGCAAGAAGAAGAACAAUAACAACAACAAUGGCCAGCCUGCUGUUUUAUUAGCUGCCAAAGAUAAAGAGAUUAAAGCACUUCUGGACGAGCUGCAGCGCUUGAGGGCACUGGAGCAGACGCAUUUGGUGCAAAUCCAGCGAUUGGAGGAGCAUCUGGAGGUCAAGCGGCAGCACAUAAUGCGAUUGGAGGCGCGUCUGGACAAGCAGCAGAUCAAUGAGGCACUGGCCGAGGCCACCGCCUUGGCGGCCGCUGCUGCCACCAACAACAACAACAACAGCCAGAGCAGCGACAACAACAAGAAGCUGAGCACCGCCACCGCACCGCUGGAAGCCUCCUCAUCGAUUGGCGAUCUGGCAGAGGCCACAAAGGCCACCGUUCCGGCGGAGGACGAGGACGAGGACGAGGAUCAGGCCAUGCUGGUGGACUCCGAGGAGGCGGAGGAGAAGCCAGAGGAGCCGCAUCACGAGGAGGACGACGAGGAGGAGGAGGAGGAGGCCGAGGAUCGGGAGGCGGUCAAUGCCACCACCACCGACAGCAACGAGCUCAAAAUCAAAAAGGAACAGCACAGUCCGCUGGAUCUGAAUGUGCUCAGUCCGCAAUCGGCCAUCGCCGCAGCAGCUGCAGCCGCCGCUGCCGCCGCCUGCGCCAACGACCCCAACAAAUUCCAGGCGCUGCUCAUCGAGCGGACCAAAGCUCUGGCCGCCGAGGCGCUCAAGAAUGGCGCCAGUGAUGCCAUCAGCGAAGAAAUCAACCGAAAUGCAGAUGAUGAUGAAGAUGAAGUAGUGUCGCCAGCAGCAACUGCUGCAACACUGGCAACAUCUGCAACACAUGCAGUAGCAACAUCAGCCACAUCAAGUGAUAAGCUGCCAAACGAAACGGAAGCGAAAGCUGGCACCGAAAUGGCGCCCAAACAGGAAGUCGAAGAUGAGGAUGACGAUGAGGUGAUCCUGCCGGAGCAACUGGUCAACGAUUAUUGGCGACGAGGUUUCGAAUCGGGGAAUGCAAAUAGCACCAGCAGCACCGCAAUGCCAGGGAGCAAAACGCCAACAAUUUAUCAAAAUCUUAGGGCCGAGCAGCAGGCAGCACAAUUGCUGCCGCCACCGCCACCUCCACCACCGCCACCACUCCCGCAGCAACAACAGCAAUCACAACAGCAGCAACAUCUACACUUUCCACAGCAACAACAACAACAACAACAGCAGCAGCAGCAACAUGGACCCUCGUCCACAGCACUGCUUAGUCAACUGGUUAACUCAACAUUUUCCAACUCUUCCAACUCUUCCCGCCUAGAUGCCCACCACCACCACCAACACCAACAGCAGCAGCAGCAGCACCUUCACCAGCAACACCACCAGCAACAGCAACACCACCAGCAACAUCUCCAUCAGCAACACCACCACCAUCUGCAGCAGAACAGCGGCAGCAACAGCAGCAAUCCAGCGGCCAACGACAGUUUGAACCACCACCAUGGACACCAUCUGCACGGGCACGGCCUGCUGCAUCCUUCGGCGGCGCACCACCUGCACCACCAGGCGGCGACCGAGUCCGGUUCGAAUUCGAGCACACCGACAACGGGCGUGGGUGCUGGCAACAAUCCGAGCAACAAUGGAUCGUCGAACAGCAGCAGCAACACGGCCAACAGCACCACCGCCCAAUUGGCCGCCAGUUUGGCCAGCACCCUCAACGGCGGCAAGUCGCUGCUGCAGGAGGACAGCAAUGGACUGGCCGCCGCCGCCAUGGCCGCUCAUGCCCAGCAUGCGGCGGCCUUGGGACCGGGCUUUCUGCCCGGCCUGCCGGCCUUUCAAUUUGCCGCCGCCCAAGUGGCCGCCGGUGGCGAUGGACGGGGUCACUAUCGGUUUGCCGACUCGGAACUGCAGUUGCCGCCGGGUGCCUCGAUGGCCGGGCGGCUGGGUGAAUCGCUGAUACCCAAGGGGGAUCCCAUGGAGGCCAAGCUGCAGGAGAUGCUGCGCUACAACAUGGACAAGUACGCCAACCAGGCACUGGACACCCUGCACAUCUCGCGUCGCGUAAGGGAACUGCUGUCGGUGCACAACAUUGGCCAGCGGCUGUUCGCCAAGUACAUCCUGGGCCUGUCCCAGGGCACCGUCUCCGAGCUGCUGAGCAAACCCAAGCCUUGGGACAAGCUGACGGAGAAGGGACGCGACAGCUAUCGCAAAAUGCACGCCUGGGCCUGCGACGACAAUGCCGUCAUGCUCCUCAAGUCGCUGAUACCCAAGAAAGACUCUGGCCUGCCGCAGUACGCGGGUCGCGGAGCCGGCGGCGCUGGCGGCGAUGACUCCAUGUCGGAGGACCGCAUUGCCCACAUCCUCAGCGAGGCCUCCUCGCUGAUGAAGCAGAGCAGCGUGGCGCAGCAGCAUCGGGAGCACCAGGAGCGCCGCGGCCACGAGGACUCGCACAGCAACGAGGACAGCAAGUCGCCGCCGCAGAGCUGCACCUCGCCGUUCUUCAAGGUGGAGCAGCAGCUGAAGCAGCACCAGCACCACAAUCCCGACCAGGCCGCCGCCGCCGGCCUACAGCGUGAGCGGGAGCGGGACCGGGAGCACCGGGAGCGGGAGCGGGAGCAGCAGCAGCGGCUGCGGCACGAGGACCUGGCCCAGGACAAGAUGGCCCGUCUCUACCAGGAGCUCAUCGCCCGCACUCCGCGCGAGACGGCCUUUCCAAACUUCCUCUUCUCACCCUCGCUCUUCGGAGGAGCAGCCGGAAUGCCGGGAGCGGCCAGCAACGCCUUUCCCGCCAUGGCCGAUGAGAACAUGCGGCACGUCUUCGAGCGGGAGUUCGCCAAGCUGCAGCAGCACCAGCAGCAACAGGCGGCCCAGGCCCAGUUCCCCAACUUCUCCAGCCUGAUGGCCCUGCAGCAGCAGGUGCUGAACGGUGCCCAGGACCUCUCGCUGGCCGCCGCCGCCGCCAAGGACAUCAAGCUGAACGGCCAGCGAUCCUCGCUGGAGCACAGUGCCGGCAGCAGCAGUUGCUCGAAGGAUGGCGAGCGGGACGAGGCGUAUCCGAGUUCGCUGCAUGGUCGCAAGUCCGAGGGCGGCGGCACACCCGCCCCACCAGCUCCCCCCUCAGCGGGCCAGUCGGUCGGUGGCGGAGGUGUAGGAGCAACGGGACCAGUGGGGGGGGCCAGCGGGAACUCGGCGGCGCCCAGUCCGCUGAGCAACUCCAUCCUGCCGCCGGCACUGAGCAGCCAGGGUGAGGAGUUCGCGGCCACCGCGAGUCCGCUGCAGCGGAUGGCCUCCAUCACCAACUCGCUGAUCACCCAGCCGCCGGUGACGCCGCACCACAGCACACCGCAGCGACCCACCAAGGCGGUCCUGCCGCCGAUCACCCAGCAGCAGUUCGACAUGUUCAACAACCUGAACACCGAGGACAUUGUGCGGCGCGUGAAGGAGGCCCUCUCGCAGUACUCCAUCUCGCAGCGUCUGUUCGGCGAGUCCGUGCUGGGCCUGUCCCAGGGAUCCGUCUCCGACCUGCUGGCCCGGCCCAAGCCCUGGCACAUGCUCACCCAGAAGGGACGCGAGCCCUUCAUCCGCAUGAAGAUGUUCCUGGAGGAUGAGAAUGCGGUGCACAAGCUGGUGGCCAGCCAGUACAAGAUCGCGCCCGAGAAGCUGAUGCGGACGGGCAGCUACAGCGGCAGUCCGCAGAUGCCCCAAGGAUUGGCCAGCAAGAUGCAGGCCGCCUCGCUGCCCAUGCAGAAGAUGAUGAGCGAACUGAAGCUGCAGGAGCCGGCGCAGGCGCAGCACCUGAUGCAGCAGAUGCAGGCGGCGGCCAUGUCGGCGGCGAUGCAGCAGCAGCAGCAGCAGGUGGCCCAGGCGCAGCAGCAGGCGCAGCAAGCGCAGCAGGCGCAACAGCAUCUGCAGCAGCAGGCGCAGCAGCACUUGGCGCAGCAGCAGGCACAGCAGCAUCUGGCGCAGCAGCAGCAGCAUCCCCAUCAGCAGCAUCAUCAGGCUGCGGCAGCGGCUGCCGCACUGCAUCACCAGAGCAUGCUCCUCACCUCGCCCGGCCUGCCGCCCCAGCAUGCCAUCAGCCUGCCCCCGUCGGCGGGCGGCGUCCAGCCGGGCGGUCCCGGCGGACCGGGCAACUCGAGUGCCUCCAACAGCGAGAAGAAGCCGAUGCUGAUGCCAGUCCAUGGCACAAACGCCAUGCGCAGUCUGCACCAGCACAUGUCGCCCACCGUGUACGAGAUGGCCGCGCUGACCCAGGACCUGGACACCCACGACAUCACCACCAAGAUCAAGGAGGCCCUGCUGGCCAACAACAUUGGCCAGAAGAUAUUCGGCGAGGCCGUGCUGGGCCUGUCCCAGGGAUCGGUGUCCGAGCUGCUCAGCAAGCCGAAGCCCUGGCACAUGCUCUCCAUCAAGGGCAGGGAGCCCUUCAUCCGGAUGCAGCUGUGGCUGAGCGAUGCCAACAACGUGGAGCGACUGCAGCUGCUCAAGAACGAGCGGCGGGAGGCCAGCAAGCGGCGCAGGAGCACGGGCCCCAAUCAGCAGGACAACAGCAGCGACACCUCCAGCAACGACACCAACGACUUCUACACCAGCAGUCCGGGUCCCGGAUCCGUGGGAUCGGGCGUGGGCGGGGCACCGCCGAGCAAAAAGCAGCGCGUCCUCUUCUCCGAGGAGCAGAAGGAGGCCCUGCGGCUGGCCUUCGCCCUCGAUCCGUAUCCCAAUGUGGGCACCAUUGAGUUUCUGGCCAACGAACUGGGCCUGGCCACGCGGACGAUCACCAACUGGUUCCACAACCAUCGCAUGCGCUUGAAGCAACAGGUGCCACACGGUCCCGCCGGCCAGGACAAUCCGAUUCCGAGUCGCGAGAGCACCAGUGCCACGCCCUUCGAUCCCGUCCAGUUCCGCAUCCUGCUGCAGCAGCGCCUGGUCGAGCUGCACAAGGAGCGGAUGGGCUUGGGCGGCGCCCCCAUUCCCUAUCCGCCGUACUUUGCCGCCGCCGCCCUGCUCGGACGCAGUCUGGCGGGGAUUCCCGGCGCAGCGGCUGCGGCUGGAGCAGCUGCAGCAGCCGCAGCAGUCGGCGCCUCUGGCGGCGAUGAGCUGCAGGCCCUCAACCAGGCCUUCAAGGAGCAGAUGAGCGGCCUGGACCUGUCGAUGCCCACGCUGAAGCGGGAGCGCAGCGACGACUACCAGGACGACCUCGAGCUGGAUGGCGGCGGCGGCCAUCCGCUGAGCGACAACGAGUCGCUGGAGGGUCAGGAGCCGGAGGACAAGACCACCACCGACUACGAGAAGGCGCUGCACAAGUCCGCCCUCGCCGCCGCCGCCGCCUACAUGUCCAAUGCGGUGCGCAGCUCGCGCCGCAAGCCCGCCGCCCCCCAGUGGGUGAAUCCCGCCGGGGCGGUGACCAAUCCCAGUGCCGUCGUCGCCGCCGUCGCAGCGGCGGCAGCGGCAGCGGCGGACAGCGAGCGGAUCAUCAACGGGGUGUGCGUGAUGCAGGCCUCCGAGUAUGGACGCGACGAUCCCGAUAAGCCAUCCGCCACGGAUGCCGGCGGCGAUUCCGACCAUGAGCAUGCCCAGCUGGAGAUCGACCAGCGCUUCAUGGAGCCCGAGGUGCACAUCAAGCAGGAGGACGACGACGACGAUGUGGAGCAACUGGGUGGCCUGGCCAAUCUUGUGGACAACAACGAGGACUCCACGGCCAGCGAUCAGAAGCUCAAGGUCGUCAACGAGGAGAAGCUGCGCAUGGUGCGAGUGCGGCGACUGAGCAGCACUGGCGGCGGAUCCGCCGAGGAGAUGCCCGCCCCACUGGCCCCACCACCACCCCCUCCCAGCGGGGAGGCCACCACCGGCAGCAGCAGCACCAACAGCAGCAGCAGCAACAUCAGCAGCAGCAACAGCAACAGCAGCAACACCACACCGGCAGUAACCACCGCAUCUGGUGCAACCACGGCAGCCGGUUGGAAUUACUAGAGGAACUAUAUAAGAAUUCAGUGCAAUGUAGAGAGAAGCGUUUACUUGUGAUUAAGUUUGAAUAUUUAAACGGUGUGUGAGGACCCAGGAGACAUGCAUACAUGCAUCUAUAUAUGCAUAUAUAUAUAGCACUUAGGCCCUAGAAAACUCUAUUUUUUUUUUUGUUUUUUUUUUUCAUUAAACAUUAACUACUAAAUAUAGGCGUUAGUUGUAGCCGGUAAGGUAGCCUUAGGUUGAGCAGUUGUAAUAGAUGUAGCUAAAAGUUUAGAGACGCUAUGCGAUUACGAUGGUGGAGAGCAGCGCAAAAGUAUUAAUGAAAAGUAAACCCCAUUUAAGACCCCCGGCUUGCCGAAGAACUUUAACCAAAACGUCGAGAUCCAAUUGAUAGUGAAAGAUUUGAUCUUGCAAAGAUGUUCGAUUUCGAUUUCGAUUUUUCGAUUUGUUUCUACUUGAAGACUGUAAGCAAAGGCGGUAGGAUUGAUAACUACACACGUAAUUCUAUUCUAUAUAUACAUAUUUUUUUUUUGAGAAACUAUUAUAUGAUUAUUAGCAGUUUAGCUGGUUAAGUGUAAAUAAAUGAAUGAAUAAAUAAAUGAUGAUCACGUAGAUGACGAUGAUAGUGUACAUAGAUUUCUCGCGAGGCAUGAUCUUGCUGACGUUCUUCCUAAAAAUCCAACCUUCUACCACCCUCAGCAACCGACUUGUUUAACUAUCUUUUGAUCUCAAGCAAAAAACAAAAAAACAAAAACAAAGCAAAACGAAAUGAAGUGAAAUGAAAUGAAAUGAAAUGAAAUGAAACAAAACGAAACAGAUAUUGAAAGGGAAUUGUGGAAGGCGUGGAGUGAAUAUCCAAAGUAAAAGAUAGUUAAAGGCCAAGCAGAAGUGCAGCGAGCAUAAAGUUUUCCCCUAUUUUGUUGCCCAAAAUAAAGUAAUAUGACGAUGAGGAAUAGAAGGCGAAUCGAGAAAAAUAUAUAACAAUAAACUUUGUAAAUUCUGAAUUUACAUAAAAAUCACACACACACCCACAAACACAAACAAAAAACACACACACAAAUUGA